GCCGCCGCGGAGCGGAGCGGAGGCCGCGGCCGGGCGGGAGGCUGCGGGAGGCGCCGGCGGCCGCGCCGGCCCCGGGGCCAUGGAGUCCUCGACCUUUCGACCAUCCAGCCUUCUCCAAGGUGAUGCCUCCUGUCUCCUGAGACGUUGGAAAACCUAGUUUGGAAGAAGAGUAAAGAUACAGUUGAUGCUGAACUACAGCCAAGGAUGAAGCGGCGAGCAUCAGACAGAGGAGCUGGGGAAACAUCCACUAAGGCAAAAGCUCUUUGUACAGGGAUUUCUGGAAAUAAUGCCAAGAGAGCAGGCCCUUUUAUCCUAGGUCCACGUUUAGGCAACUCCCCUGUGCCAAGUAUUGUUCAAUGUUUGGCAAGGAAGGAUGGGACAGAUGACUUUUAUCAGCUAAAGAUUCUGACCUUAGAAGAAAGGGGUGACAAAGGAAUAGAAACCCAGGAAGAACGACAGGGCAAGAUGCUGCUGCACACAGAGUAUUCUCUCCUUUCCCUUCUCCACAAUCAGGAAGGAGUGGUUCAUCAUCAUGGGCUCUUUCAGGACCGAGCUUGUGAAAUUAUAGAAGAUCUAGAAGCCAAUAGAAUGGUCAGAAAAAUGAAGAAGCGCAUUUGUCUUGUGUUAGAUUGUCUCUGUGCUCAUGAUUUCAGUGACAAAACAGCAGAUCUCAUCAAUCUGCAGCAUUAUGUCAUUAAAGAGAAGAGACUCAGUGAGCGAGAGACAGUUGUGAUAUUUUAUGAUGUGGUACGAGUGGUAGAAGCAUUACAUAAGAAAAAUAUUGUGCACAGAGACUUGAAACUCGGAAACAUGGUGCUAAACAAAAGGACUCACCGAAUUACCAUAACAAACUUCUGUCUUGGAAAGCACCUAGUGAGUGAAGAUGAUCUGCUAAAAGACCAGCGAGGGAGCCCUGCCUACAUCAGCCCGGAUGUACUUAGCGGACGGCCAUAUCGCGGGAAACCCAGUGACAUGUGGGCGUUGGGUGUGGUGCUCUUCACCAUGCUCUAUGGCCAGUUCCCCUUCUACGACAGCAUACCUCAGGAGCUUUUCCGCAAAAUCAAGGCUGCAGAGUACACCAUCCCUGAGGAUGGACGGGUCUCAGAAAACACUGUGUGCUUGAUCCGAAAACUACUGGUCUUGGAUCCACAGCAGCGUCUGACAGCUUCUGAAGUGCUGGAUUCUCUCAGCUCUAUCAUAGCAUCAUGGCAGUCUAUGUCCUCGCUAAGUGGCCCUUUGCAAGUUGUGCCAGACAUUGAUGACCAAGUGGCUAACCCUGAAAACCCCCAAGAGGUGAAGGUGACAGAAGAGUGCUCACAGUAUGAGUUUGAGAACUACAUGAGGCAGCAGCUACUCUUGGCUGAGGAAAAGAACACCUUGCAUGAGGCCAAGAGCUUCCUACAGAAGCGACAGUUUGGGAACAUCCCCUCUGUGCGACGCCUGGGCCAUGAUGCCCAGCCCAUGAACCCUUUGGAUGCAGCUAUCCUGGCCCAGAGGUACCUUCGGAAGUAGCUUCCCACACAUCUGAGAGCACAAGCACCAUCCUGCAAUCUGCCUUUCACGUCACCUACUACAGCUCAACAGCAAUACUGGUGUCCCGUGAUGGAGAAUAAUGUAGCAAUUCCUUUGAGCUCUGUUAAGGGACACACUCACACUCACUCUGGAGGGAGAAGACUUUUGAAAAAGCUAGUUUUGAAAGCAGCAAUCUCUUGGCAUCUUCUGGAAUCUUUGUUUUUAAAUCCAAGCCUAGAUGACUAAUCUGCUUUUAAUCAUGACUUUGUAAUCUACCUCUCUUGUCUUUUUAACCAUGCUGUUCUCUGGAUCGAGCAAAGCCUGUCAGAAAGGAGAAGAUUACCAAGGAUGAAGCCAGUUUGCUGGCACAAGCAUUGCGUCUGUGUGUAGUAAGGAGAGUCGGCUGAUUGCAUUCGCUCCAUAUGGUUUGAAUAAGCUUAGAUUUAUCUGGGUUUCUUGAAAGUAAGAAUUUCUUGAAACCUCCCACUUCCCUUCAUCUGCAUCAAGUCUUUUUUUCUGUUUUUAACAUACCACCUGGUUUAAAUGUGUUGUCUAACCCUCAUUGGCUUUGUGUGGGCCUCAGUGCACUGAGGCCUUCAAUAAGCAGUACACAAACAACAGCCCAGUUGCCUGGUAUGACUAAUCGCUGUUUUUGAGAACACAGCCAUGGUGUGAGACAAGAAUUGUCAUUGCAGACAAUCACUGCAAUGAUUUAGUCUUGUCCAUAGUUAUUUAAAGGUUUUGCAGAACUUGGCCCAUCUUGGCCUUUGAGCUCUCUCUCACCUUUCACUGAUUCUUUUACUUUCAUAAGAAUAUAUGAUUUAAUCUUAUUUUUUUCAGUAGCUUACCUAAGGUGCAGUUAAAAUUGCAUUAAUUGAUUUAGCAUUUUCACACUUCAUUUGUGGUACAGAUAUAAUAUAUGAGUUAUAAUGUGAAAAAGCUUCCCAGAAUAAUCUGCCUAGAAUUAGAAAGGGGCUGGCUGAAGUCUCUACUGUAUUUGUUCUCUAGCUUAUCUUGCCAUCCCAGUCUCACCGUGUAAACCUGGGGCUUCCUCUGCUGUCCCAGUGUGGUGCAUAGUGCUUAGGCUGGAGAAGAAUGUCCCAGUUUGUCACCUAAUGCCACUAGAAGAGCAUUUGACUGUGAUGAGAACAGGAAAGAUUGUUUCUGAGCCUUAUUUUGUGAACUGGAUGCCUGUCUUGCCAGAUUAACUGUUCUCACACAGAGAUCUCAUGGCUCACAGUGUCCCCCCUAUUUUCUGCUCAGCUUGGAGGUUUUUGGCUGCCUCUGGCCCCUGGUCCUAGAGGGCCGCAGCAGUGUAGGCUCCAACAUCACAUGCAGCACCAAAGCGAGUCGGGUGCUGGGAGCCAGCCAGGUUUGGCACAAGGGGAGGUGCUAGCAGGGCUGGGAGAAGCUGCCCUGGCCUUUGCCCAGUCCCAGGAACAGGUAUCGACACUGGCCCUGCUGGUGGGGUCAGCUUUGCUGCCAUUGGCGAAGCACCUCUUUCCUGAGGAGCAAUCUCCACUGUCAGCUACCUUACCUGUGCCCCUCGCUCUGCCUCUGGGCGCAGGCAGGGAGCGAGUAGCAGAUUUAUUUGUAGCUUGUUGCCUUCCCCUGCCUGAGGCUGGGGAAGCAGACUGCAUCUAGCAUAUUCAAACCUACAGUUGUCUUCUGGGGGACUCUAGUAGUGGACACACAGGGAGUGACCUGAACUUCCUUGGCAGCGUUGGGCAUUAGGUUCUGCCUCUGAACUCGCCAAAGCACAGGGACUGCUUGCAGGCGGUUAAUCUGUGAACACUAAUACAGCCUAGAACAGUUGCACCAACCCCAGCCAGUUGAGCCAGUAGCCUGAAGUCUUAGUCUUAUUUAUUUUUCAAGGCGAUAGAUCUAUCCUUGCGCACCCCUGUGCGAAACUGUCGCCCCUCCGGUGCCGCCAGCAGCAGCAGCCCCAGCCCCAGGGCAGCCCCUGGGGCCAGACCCUCACCCCGUGCCGGGGGGCUGCGGCUCCUCCGUGCCCGCUCUCCUCGCUGGGUUCUCUCCCGCUCCUCCCCAGCCUCUCUCCCUGGUUGUGCCCCCCUUGUUCUCCCCCAAAAAAGUUAAAGCAAUAUUCUGGGGAUGCCGCAAAGUUGUAUGAUACUGAGUAUUCCGGCAAACGAGCAAUCGCCAGUAAAUUCACAUUUGUAUUAAAGCAAACUGGAAAAAAAUGCGGUAGUGCAUGGGAGGGUUUGAGCUGCUUCAUCUGGUUUCUGUGGUAGAGAUGUAUGACAUGCUGUAGAAAAGGAUCCUAUUGUAAAAAAAAACAACAAAAAACGGAAAAAGUUUGUAUAAAGACAUUAUUUUUGUACUACAUCGAAACUACUCCUGCAUGUCGGCAAUAAAACUUCAUAACGAGA